AUCGAAGCUCUUGCUCUGCCAGCCUGUGCUAAGUGACUGCUGGAAAACAAAAGGCAGUGAGGCAGAGCGGCUGGGAAAUGUCAUCAGUCAUCUUUAAUGGAGGAAAUCUACUUGGAGAAAUCAAUGGUGUUAUUCUCUGAGCGGUGAAAUAGCCGAACUGCUGUCAUUGUUUGUGCGCGAACAAGACUCGCACAUCUCGCAACAGUAAGUGACUGAAUCGGGGUUUUUCUUUUUUUGAGAAUCCACAGGUUCUCUUCUUCUUCUUCUUGUUUUCCUUUCUUCAUUUCUUCUGGAUGGAUUUGGACACUGAAUGAGCGCAGCUGUUGAUGAAGGAGUGCUGUCUCACAUCCUCGGAUUUGUUUUAAUAUCACCGAGCGCAGGGGAUGAUGAAGUUAGUUCUUUCUAGGUAGAUGAUGAUGAAUGGCGAGUAAGGAGGUUACUGGAAGACUUCAGUUCAUAGAUGUGAGCACGUAAAGACUCUACAGCCUCGUUUCUACAACUCUUCAAUGCCCUUUGUGGCUUGAUUUUUCUAUUUUUGUUUUUUGCACACAGUUUGGUUUUGGAUUUCUCAUCGUGAAGUUAUCUGCGCGCCUGUCUGCCGAAGAGAGGCGCUGUCCGUGGUCCUGAGCGGUACUCCAACAACUCCUGUUACCUCACUCCUGACCUCGCAUGAAGGCAACUUAAAGGUUGCUCGACCUUUAAAGUUCAAAGGGACACUGUCUAACAGCAGCUCCAGAAAGAGCUUAAUAUGGUAACUCAAACCAGAGUUCAUCUGCAAACUUUGGUACUUUUGUUUUUUGUUGUGCACCUGAGUCAGCCAGUAUGUGUCGAUGUCCCGUCGGCGACAGAAGCAGUCCUGGGGAAAUCUAUGAAGUUGACCUGCAUUGCUUGUUUGAAGAGGGAGGAGAUUAAACCAAAGACCCGGGUGGACUGGUACUACAUGCCAGAAAAAGAAGAAAAUAGCCCAUACAAUAAAACUCAUAUAUACGUAUAUGACAAUGACACUCCAGUUGAAUUGGACGGACCAUUUAAGGGCCGUCUGGCCUGGAAUGGAAGCCAGGACUUGCAAGACGUCUCCAUUGUAAUCCUCAACGCCACCUUUAAUGACAGCGGAGUCUAUGAGUGCCAAGUACUUCGCAAGUUUGAGUUUGACUUCUUCACUCCCUCAGCCUUUUUGUCCAAGGACAUCAAGCUGAAGGUUAUAGAAAAAGCCAGUAAAGACACCACAGCAGUCUACUCUGAGAUCAUGAUGUAUGUGCUGCUGGUGUUCUUGACCUUCUGGCUGCUGGUGGAGAUGGUCUACUGCUACAGGAAGAUCUCCAAGUCUGAUGAGCAGGCAGAGGACACAGCGACAAACUACCUAGCCAUUCCAUCUGAGCAGAAAGCCACUCCAGCCGCUCCUGUUACCGAAUAAAAGUGGUUUUCAAUGACACGGUAUUAACCAAUCACAAUGGAGCUUCAGUGUCAUGUGACAGAAACAGGCAUAUUCCACCACCCUCAUCUAUGCCACCCACACAGCCAUGGAAAGUCUGCCAACUGACCUCCCCUGUGUAUCGACUGUGUCUUGUGAAAAGCCAGUCAGAAAUGUCCAAGUGCUCAAUUUCUCUCAUCCUUUUCCUCGCAUUUGUUUUAACCUCCGUGCCAGGCAUUUGAAAUCAAGUGCUUUCACAAAUACAGCAGGUUAACAAAAACGUCAGUGUCAUGCACUUAUUAUUGGAUAAAUACCAGCUAUGCUUCUUUUGAACCCGCCAGUGUCUAGAGUUACAUUUUCUUAGUACAGUAGUUAAUGGUGCCUCUAUGAUUUAUAACCUAUAAACAGAAAAGAUCCAAGGGAAGACGCUGUCCUACUGCUCUCAAAGCUGUUAUAUACUGACUAUGUAGUGUUUGUUUAGUUCAUUUUGUUUUAUUACAAUUUUAUAGACCACGCAGAGAUUUUGUGUCACAGUUUUAUGUGUACUGGCCAGUAUCUUUUUGAUGUCUUUUUAAGGAAAAUGGAUUGCAUAGCUUUUAUACUGUAUGGAUGUGCAUUAUCCCUGUUUUGCU